AUGAUGCAGGACAGUCACAAGUCGUUUUUAAUCAAGGACCUCUUGGGCGACGUACUGAGGCCGGGGGUGGGAGUACCAGGAACUGCACACGAGGUAGAAGAUAUAUCGAACAAUAGAUGCGAUUCGGCUAUAACACACAAUCCAGAGGACUCUGAUAUUGACGAUGACAUAUCCGUUGGGGACAACCGCUCUGAAGCCUCGACGCCUAAAAAAAUCCAAGUCUCCUACGAGAACGAACCUGAAAAUUAUGAAAGAAAAACCGACUGCCAAAAAAGAAUCGAGUGUGACGAAAGGUCUACUCCAAACGAAUACACGAAUCGCUUAAAUUCCGAGUAUUCUUCUCCGUUUAAAGACGAUGAGCACGAAUAUGAAAGACCUGAUGAGUCAAUGAAGCUAUAUGAAGGAUCACUUUUUCAAUUAUAUAGACCGGAUAGAGAAAACAACAAAGAUGGUGAAAGCGCGUUUGAAAUAGCCGGCUCUAUAUCGGACAGUAUCUAUGGAAGAUCUAUGGAUUUAAGUAAGAACUCCUUCCAAUCACAAUUGUUGGCUGGUUUCGCAGCGUCAGUGAUGGCGGGUAGUUCACAGCGCGAAGCACAAGACUCAGCAGAUCGUCAGUCGUCAGGGCGGAGCGGGAGCACGCCUAACUCCGGGCGCAAGCCGCGCCGCCGUCGGACUGCCUUCACUCACGCCCAGCUCGCAUAUCUAGAACGCAAGUUCAGAUGUCAAAAAUAUUUAAGUGUAGCUGACAGAGGAGAUGUCGCCGAUGCAUUGAACCUCAGUGAAACGCAGGUCAAGACUUGGUACCAAAAUAGACGAACAAAAUGGAAACGCCAAAACCAACUUAGACUGGAACAGCUGCGUGCACAAGCAGCGACGGGUGAACGAGAACUGUCUGCGCACGCGCUGCCCCUGGCCUGCGCACUCCUCCCUCCGUACCCAGCGUACAUGCACUGUCAUCUA